AAAUAUGUAACUUCAUGUAAAAUGCAUAUGAUAUCUCAGGCGAGAUAUCAUAUGCACGAACUUCUUAUAAAUGUAAACAUACUUUUAUUGACAAUUGCUUGAAAAACUGACAGUAAUUAGUUUCGUUGUGGCAUCCGACAAACACUAAAGAUGGCUGAAAAUCCACCAGCUUAUGUCGAAAAAGAACCCAGUAGCCAGCCUGGCUAUUCGCCACAAGGUCAACCCGGCUAUCCGCCGCAAGGACAGCCUGGUUAUCCUCCACAGGGCCAACCUGGCUAUCCGCCACAAGAGCAGCCUGGCUAUCCUCCACAGGGUCAGCCUGGUUUUACACCCAAUAUGCCUCAACAAAACGCUACAAUCAUAACAGGGCAACCCAUCACAGCAAUUCCUGUUGUAUUUGGCGACCAACCAGUUGCAAUGACCUGUCCAUUUUGUCAAGCACAAAUUGCAACAAUCAUAACAUUUAAAGCUGGUGAAAAAACGUGGUUAUGGGCGGCUUUAUUUUGUUUUCUUGGGGGACUUCUUUGCGUGUGGAUACCAUUUGUUGUCGAUGGUUUUAAAGAUUGUCGUCAUUCGUGCCCAAAUUGCCAAAGACAUGUCGGUACAUUGAAACGUUAAUUUUGUUGUUAUUAUUGGAAUAAUUCUAUUGCACACAUUUAAAUAUUAUAUAAGACAUUGUAAUUACGUUAAUGAACAUUGCAUUGCUCUUAACACUCUCUUUGUAAGAGUUUUUUUUAGUUAUGUUAUGUUUUGUUUGAAAUGAUACUUCAGAUAAUCUAGCAGAAGGA